AUGAAGGCUUUAACCAGUCAGCAAUUUAACGAAGCUAUUGGACAAUUCAAGGAUGUCCUUUUCGAUAAUUUGCAGUGUAUGAUCAGGUUCAAGGCUGUUGCUGCUAGCGUGAAACAAGUGAACGAAGAAAACUACUUAUUUGGAUGCAUCGCUGUCGAAGAUGAGGUGCGACUAGAGUUUACCAUAUCUUAUGAUGAAUUUUAUCAAGUGCCAGUCUUUUGCUUCAGGAUAUAUGUGAACGACAGACUUAACUUUGACGUUGUUGAACUAGAUACAUCACUAAAGGAAUUAUCACACCUAGCAAUGAAUAAAAUAGUUGACAUUUCAAUAAUCGACCAUCACUUACUACAUCAACCUUGGUUUCAAAUUCAUCCUUGUGAGACAUCGCAGAGUUUACACACGCAUAUGUCAAGUCAGGAUUCAACAACAAAAGACUGCAACUACAACCCCUUCGUCACAUACUUGACUUGCUGGUUCGGAUUAUACGGUCUACCAGCAAUCUUUCCGCAGUUUUCAAUAAGACCUGUUGUGUAUUCUUAA